AUGACGUUUAGCAUAGUCAACCCAGUCCUCAGCAACGCAGUUCCAGCUAUAAAAGCCCCCCCAAACAAGGGCAAAGACCAAAAAGUUCCAAGCACGACUCGACUCUUGCACCAUAGCCAUGUCACCACAGAAUUUGAUCCCUUGAGAUUUGAAGCUGCCGCAUCAUUGCAACUGCAAUUGCCACUGGAGAAAACAUACCCAGAAACAGAAAUAGACACACGACUCAUUGCAUCGCCCUACAAUAGCGUCCCCCAUCUGCUGGACAUUUCCACACUGGAAAGACAAGACCGACUCUUCGCAUUGGCGUUGGCAUAUCUCAAACCUAUUCGCGAUGACUAUGCCACCGCUGAAUACACAGAAUCAUUAAAUUGGACAGAGGUGUUUGAUUUGUUGAGAGCGUUCUCACAGGCAGAAGACCACGCCUGGACAUCACAGUCGUAUUAUGUUGUUAUUUUCCGGUCGACACUGUUGCCGGAUAUCGACUCGGUUCGUCUUUAUGAUCUUGAUGCGCACUCUCACCAAGAAGCUAUUGCUAGUGGGGGGUUGUUGAAGUACUGGUUCGGGGCAAAGAACGAAAAGCAUCAGAAUUUGGCGACUUGUGUUUGGCGCAAUCGAAACGAUGCGAGACUUGGUGGCCGCGGACCUUGGCAUGCUCAAGCAAGAGCGGCUGCUACAAUCAUGUAUGAGCAAAUUAAGUUCACGACGCUGAAGUUGGAUAUUGAGGAUGGAGUACAGUCUUGGAAGCUGAGUGAUUGGAAGGAAGAUAAGGCAUAA